AUGGCAUCAAAAGGUGCCGUUUUGCCUCUAUUGAGGCGUGAAAUUCGAUCCUCCCGAUUCUCACGAGCUACCUCCUCCAUCUCCGCCAUUGCUACCCCAGCCCGCCACUCAGCCAGUCCCUUCACAACCUCCGGGCGACGUCUAGCUCGGCGAACGGCAUUAUUCACCGCACCAACUCAGACACGAGCCUUUUCGCAAUCGCUGUCAAAGCGCUUUACCGACGAGAAUGGCGGCUUCGAUCCUCGCACAUUGGAGCGGGAGUCCGACGACGUGGAUGUGUGCAUUGUUGGUGGUGGUCCCGCCGGUCUCGCCGCCGCGAUUCGCUUGAAGCAACUUGCCAACGAGGCAGGCAACGAAGAGUUCCGGGUUAUUCUACUAGAGAAGGCUGGUGAAUUGGGCGCCCAUAUUGUCUCCGGAAACGUUUUGCAACCAACCGCCCUUAAUGAGCUGCUCCCCGACUGGCUGUCCGAGGACAACCCCUCGCGCUUUGAGGGUGCGACCCCCGCCAAAGGCGACAAGAUGCGUUUCCUGACGAAGAAUGGCUCGUACCCGCUCCCCACGCCGCCACAGAUGCACAACGAGGGGAACUAUAUUGUCAGUCUGAACGAGCUCACCAAGUGGCUGGGAGAGCGUGCGGAAGAGGUUGGUGUGGAGGUCUAUCCUGGUUUCGCAGCCAGCGAGAUGGUCUAUAGUGCAGAUGGCUCAGUCAAGGGCGUUGCGACCAACGACCUGGGACUCGCUCAGGAUGGCAAGCCCAAGGAGACAUUCGAGAGAGGAAUGGAGUUCCAUGCCCGCGUCACGCUUCUUGCUGAGGGCUGUCACGGCAGCUUGACCAAGCAGGUGAUGAAGAAAUACGAUCUUCGACGAGACAGCCAGCCCCAGACAUAUGGUCUUGGAAUUAAGGAAGUCUGGGAAAUUCAGCCCGAGAAGUUCCGAUCAGGCGAGAUUACCCAUUCGAUGGGAUACCCUCUUCCUAAGGAUACCUACGGUGGAGCCUGGAUGUACCACUUUGGUGACAACAUGGUGAGUAUCGGUCUGGUGGUAGGAUUGGACUACCCGAACCCAUGGCUUUCGCCGUACGGAGAAUUCCAGAAGAUGAAACACCACCCCAUGUUCAAGGAGGUUCUCGAGGGCGGCAAGUGCAUUUCUUACGGGGCCCGAGCACUGAAUGAGGGUGGUUUCCAGUCGAUCCCCAAGUGCGCAUUCCCCGGAGGUGCCUUGAUUGGUGACACGGCUGGCUUUUUAAACGUCCCGAAAAUCAAGGGUACCCACACCGCCAUGAAAUCAGGCAUGUUAGCCGCCGAGGCUGCCUUCUCGGCGCUUAAGGGUGAUGACCAAGGAACCGUCUUCUUGUUUGACUACGAGAAAUCUCUACGGGAUUCAACCAUUUGGAAGGAAUUGUCCGAGGUCCGUAACAUCCGGCCCUCAUUCAACACCCCACUUGGCUUCUUCGGUGGACUUCUCUACUCCGGUCUGGAGGCCUACCUGUUCAAGGGCCGAGUGCCAUGGACUCUCAGCCACCAUGGCACUGACGCAGCGGCUACCAAGCCUGCUUCUGAAUACGAAAAGAUCGUUUACCCCAAGCCAGACGGAGAGCUCAGUUUCGAUAUCUUGACCAGUGUGAGCCGGACCGGCACCAACCACGAAGAAGACCAACCGGUUCACCUGCAGGUAGAGGACUUGGAUAAACACACGGACCUCUCGUGGCCUGUUUACAAGGGUAUUGAAAACCGGUUCUGUCCUGCAGGCGUUUACGAAUAUGUGGAGGACCCUAGCAAAAAGGACGGAGUCCGGUUCCAGAUCAACUCACAAAACUGCAUUCACUGCAAGACUUGUGAUAUCAAGGUGCCUACACAAGACAUUAACUGGCAGACGCCUCAAGGUGGAGAGGGGCCCAAGUACAUCAUGACAUGA